UUUUUUUUUGAGGGAUGUUACUUGUUGUAUUGGAUCUAACACUUUUAAUGUGUUUCAAGUGUUGCAAUCACCUUGUUACUAAAUGUCAUUAUUGUAGUAGUGUGAUUGCUUACGGGAGCCUGUCAAAGUGGCGUUUGUUCAAAAUGGUCGACAUAUUUGUGAAGUUGAACAAUCUUGUUCCAAAAUUCGAAUCAUUAUUUCCUAAUUCAUUAGUGAACGAGGCAAUUGCAGUUCGGAACAGAUUAGGAGACGCUAGCAGGGUCCUUUUCAUGAAAAUGCAUAAUUUUAUUUUCAGAGUCCCAGCAGCAAAACAAGUUGUUUCGUCUUAUGGCCAGCAUCAUCAAAUGACUAUCCAGGUCAUGAGCUACGUGUCUUCUGCUUGUAGGAAACGGAGGAAGCUGGAACAAAUUUUAGAAGAAUACCCCGAAGUUCAUAAUGAAGUGGAAGCAUCUUCUUUCUUCUUGAAGCAGAUGGAGCAGAUAAUGAGGAUGUUGCAAAGAAAAUUGAUAGUCAAGUCCGAAAAUUGUAAGGACCGAGCUUUACGCCAUAUUUUCAUGCUAAAUAAUAGGUCACACAUAGAAGCUAUGAAUAAAUUCUCAAGAUUGGAAACCAUUUUUGGUAAUGAUUGGUUCCAAAAUAACAAAGCAAAAAUCCAACAAAACCUUGAUCUUUAUAAAAGAAGCGCAUGGGAUGAGGUGAUGGACUUUCUCAAGCUGGACAACAAUGAAAGCAUUACAAAAGAGUUAUUGAAAGAGAAGAUUCAUUUGUUCAACAAUCGCUUUGAAGCAAUAUGCAGAGUUCAGUCUGCGUGGUUUAUUUAUGGAAGUCAGCUAAGGGGAGAAAUCAUAUCAUCUGUGGGAAAUAUCUUGCUACCAGCAUAUGGAAUCUUUGUUGGAAGGCUCCAUGGCAUCCUUGGUAACCAAGCUUAUAAAUACAUUAAAUAUGGAAUGAUCGAGAUUCAAGAUCUACUCAAUCAUUUGUUUCUGGGAAACAAAAUGUAUGGAUUAGAAUAUAGAUAAACAUUUGGUGUGUUUCAUUUUUAUUUUUCCUUUAUGAUUUUACAUUGACUUGUUUCAACUGCCUUGGGAAUAUAUUUUUUCUUUUAUGUGAGAAAGUAAUUAUCAGCACAUUUGCUCUCUA